UCAUCUUUGGAGCGGACUUUGUUUUGUUUGUGAUCAACAUCAUUUUUACGUGGACAAAGCCAUAUUCGUUGAAUCUUCAACUCUCAAUCGAUUGAAAAUGUCUCAACUACAGUUGCUGCGUGAGUUUUUAAAUGAGCGUGUAAUGGCUGCUGCUGUCGACAUUUUUGGGGCAGUUGAGAAAACGGUAGCUGAGUACCAAGAGGAAAAUGAUCGUCUACGGAGACUGCUGCGGAUAGAUUCCUUGCAGCUCUCUCUCGCUGUCUCUGAAGAGGAGGUUCUCCCUGAGCAUCAGCAUUGUGAGCAGGAGUGGAGCUUCAGUCUGGGACAGGAGAACACUGAAGCCACACAGAUUAAAGAGGAAGAGGAGCAAAUCAGUCAGGAGGAAGAACGGCUUCAAGACCUCUUUGAUACCAAAAAUGCCACUUUCACUCCUGCCUGUGUGACAAGUAAAUGUGAUCAGGUGGACCCCUUGACUCCUCAAAUCCAGACUUUGGAGAACCGAGAGUGUGACCUGAAACAAGUGAAUCUCAAACCUUUUGGUACUGUGACUCAGCUAAAGGCUCUCAACAUUCCAUGUGACCCUCCAAAUAAUCAAAACAAUGCAUCCAGCCACAGCACAGCCGAAAGCAGUGACCCAAUAGGACUCGACAGCAGCCCAACAUUAGAUCCCAGCCUACCAUUGACUCACAACCCACCAUUUAAGAAACACACAUCCAAACCCAGCAACACAGCUAUAAAAACUCUCCGCUGCUGUGACUGUGGUGAAACAUUUGCACUAAAGGCUGACCUGCAGAUGCAUGUGACUCUCGCCAAGAAGCAACCCCGUGAAUGCCAAUUCUGCAAAAAUUUCUACAGUUCUACCUGUAAACUGAAGGCCCAUGUCAGACUGUGUCACGAUGGGAAAACCAGCACCUGCCCCUAUUUUGGAAAGACCUUCAAACUAGAAGGAGAUCUGUCCAAGCACAUGAUUCACACAGGAGAGAAACGAUUUAGCUGUGGUGACUGUGGGAAGAGCUUUAAUCGCAAGGGGAAUCUAACCCAACAUAUACUGACUCACACAGGGGAGAAAUCAUUUAGUUGUGGUUACUGUGGGAAAAGCUUCAGUCUCAAGAGGAACCUAACCGAACAUGUUCGGACUCACACAGGAGAGAAACCAUUUAGCUGUAGUGACUGUGGGAAGAGCUUCAAACAGAAGGGACACCUAACCAUGCAUAAACUGACUCACACAGGAGAGAAAUCAUUUAGCUGUGAUGACUGUGGGAAGAGUUUCAAUCGCAAGCAGCCCCUAAACAUGCAUAAACUGACUCACACAGGAGAGAAACCAUUUAGCUGUGAUGACUGUGGGAAAAGUUUUAAUUUGAAGGACUCCCUAAAGAAACACAAAUUUACUCACACAGGAGAGAAACCCUUUAGUUGUGGUGACUGUGGGAAAAGCUUCUAUCAGAAGGGGCACCUGAACGUGCACAAACGGACUCAUACUGAUUCACACAAGAGAGAAAUCAUUUAGCUGUGGGAAAAGCUUUAGUGUCAAGGGGAACCUAACCAUGCACAAACUGACUGCUGCUCAGGCUAGGAUUCCGUCGUAAGUAGAGGUCGGCCGAUUAUGAUUUUUCAACGCCGACACCAAUAAUUGGAGGACCAAAAAAAGCUGUUGCCGAUUUAAAAUAACAAUUUUUUAAAAA